GCUAUAUGGGAUUGGUGGAUAUUAUGUAAACAGUAGAAGUUCCUGCCAAGGACUUUCUGUGCCUGUUUGUCACUGGCUGAUUUACUUUCAGUUUUGAGUUAAAUUGCAUCUGGAGACGAGGUAUUUCUGCUUGGUACAAAGCAAAGACAGCUGUGAGGGGCGACCUGAGGGUAAAGUGUGGGCAGCACAGGGUCUUCAGCCCAUGACCAUGGCGUCUGAUGAGUUGGUUUUCUUUGUCAAUGGCAAAAAGGUGGUGGAGAAGAAUGCAGAUCCAGAGACAACACUCUUGGCCUAUCUAAGAAGAAAAUUGGGGUUAAGUGGGACCAAGCUUGGCUGUGGAGAAGGUGGCUGUGGGGCCUGCACGGUGAUGCUGUCCAAGUUUGAUCGGCUCCAGAAAAAAAUCGUUCACUUUUCUGCCAAUGCCUGUCUGGCCCCAAUCUGCUCCCUACAUCACGUCGCUGUGACAACCGUGGAAGGAAUAGGAAGCACCAAGACCAGACUGCAUCCUGUACAAGAAAGAAUAACCAAAAGUCAUGGCUCCCAGUGUGGCUUCUGCACCCCUGGCAUUGUCAUGAGCAUGUACACCCUGCUUCGCAACAACCCUGAACCCACAGUGGAGGAGAUUGAGAAUGCUUUCCAAGGGAACCUGUGCCGGUGUACAGGCUACAGACCCAUCCUGCAAGGCUUUAGGACAUUUGCCAGGGAUGGGGGAUGCUGCGGAGGAAAGGGAGAGAAUCCAAACUGCUGCAUGAAUCAAAAGGAAAAUAGCAAGUUAAGUCUCUCACCAUCUUUGUUUAAUCCAGAAGAAUUCCUGCCAUUAGACCCUACCCAGGAGCCUAUCUUCCCACCAGAGUUAAUGAGGCUGAAAGAUGAGCCCCGGAAGCAGCUGUGUUUCCAGGGGGAGCGUGUGAAGUGGAUCCAGACUGCAUCCCUGGAUGAUCUGUUGAAGCUGAAGGCUCAGUAUCCAAAUGCCAAGCUGGUGGUGGGGAACACUGAGAUCGGUAUUGAGAUGAAAUUUAAGAACAAGCUAUUCCCUCUAAUACUCUGCCCGGCUUGGAUCCCUGAGCUGAAUUAUGUGGAGCGUGGCCUAGAGGGCAUCUCCUUUGGGGCAGCCUGCCCUCUGAGCGAAGUGGAGAAAGCCUUGGUGAUGGCCAUAGCUGAAUUGCCUUCCUACAAGACCGAAGUGUUCAAGGGGGUCCUGGAGCAGCUGCGCUGGUUUGCUGGAAAGCAGGUCAAAUCUGUGGCGUCCAUUGGGGGAAACAUCAUCAAUGCCAGCCCAAUUUCUGACCUCAACCCUGUGUUCAUGGCCAGUGGAACCAAACUGACUCUAGUAUCCAAAGGGACCAAGAGGACUGUUCGGAUGGACCACAUGUUUUUUCCUGGCUACAGAAAAACACUCCUAAGUCCAGAGGAGAUACUGCUUUCCAUUGAGAUUCCCUACAGCAGGAAGGGGGAGUAUUUCUCAGCCUUCAAACAAGCCUCCAGAAGGGAAGACGACAUCGCUAAAGUGACCUGCGGAAUGAGGGUCUUAUUCAAACCAGAAAGCAACCAAGUUCAGGAACUGGAUAUCAGUUUUGGAGGCAUGGCUGAUAGAACGGUCCCAGCCCUGAAGACCACCAGGAAGCAGCAGGGGAGAGUCUGGAACGAGGAGCUGCUUCAGGACAUCUGUGCCAGCCUAGCUGAGGAGCUGAGUUUGGAGCCGGAUGCCCCGGGUGGCAUGGUAGAAUUCCGACGGACGCUCACCCUCAGCUUCUUCUUUAAAUUCUACCUGACGGUGCUUCAGAAACUGGGCCAAAACAGUACAGUUAAAUGUGAUAAACUGGAUCCAACCUAUGCCAGUGCCACUUUACUUUUUGAGAAAGAGCCCCCCGCCAAUGUCCAGCUCUUCCAAGAAGUUCCCAAGGGACAAGCUGAAGAGGAUAUGGUGGGCCGGCCCAUCCCCCACCUUUCUGCCGCCAUGCAGGCCUCAGGGGAGGCCGUGUACUGUGAUGACAUCCCCCUCUAUUCCAAUGAACUUAGCCUUCGACUAGUCACCAGCACCAAGGCUCAUGCCAAAAUCAGGUCCAUAGAUCUUUCUGAAGCUCAGAAAGUCCUGGGUUUGUUUGUUUCCUCUCAGCGAUGAUAUUCUGGGAGUAAUGAAACCGGACUAUUUAAUGAUGAAACUGUUUUUGCUAAGCAUAAGGUUACUUGUGUGGGACACUCAUUGGGCUGUGGUCACAGAUACCCCAGACAUGCACAGAGGGCAGCUCAAGCUGUGAAAAUCACGUAUGAGGAGCUUCCAGCCAUUAUCACAAUUGAGGAUGCAAUAAAAAACAAUUCCUUCUACGGUCCCGAGAUCAAGAUUGAGAAAGGGAACCUCAAAAAGGGGUUUGCUGAAGCUGAUAAUGUUGUUUCAGGAGAGCUGUAUAUUGGUGGGCAGGAACACUUCUACUUAGAGACUCAUUGCACAAUUGCUGUCCCGAAGGGUGAAGCAGGAGAGAUGGAGCUCUUUGUGUCCACCCAAAACACAAUGAAGACGCAGAGUUUUGUAGCCAAAGUCUUGGGGGUGCCAGCAAAUCGCAUUGCGGUUCGAGUGAAAAGAAUGGGAGGAGGUUUUGGAGGGAAGGAGACCCGGAGCACAAUAUUGUCUACGGCAGUUGCUCUGGCAGCAUACAAGUGAGACUGGCCCGCCCUGUACAGAUGCAUGCUGGAUCGAGAUGAAGACAUGUUGAUAACUGGUGGGAGACACCCGUUUAUGGCCAGAUAUAAGGUUGGCUUCAUGAAGACUGGGAAGAUUGUGGCCCUAGAAGUUGAACACUACAGCAAUGCAGGAAAUACUUUAGACCUCUCUGGGAGUGUAAGGCUUUUAUUCCACAUGGAUAACGACUAUAAGAUCCCCACACAUUUUCGGGGUACUGGCCGACUAUGCAAGACCAACCUGCCUUCCAACACAGCUUUCAGGGGUUUUGGAGGGCCCCAGGGGCAUGGUUCAUCGCUGAGUACCUUCUGGAUGCUGUGAAGUGCCCUAACCUGUAAACUUCCACUGCAAGAGGUUCGGACGCUGAACAUGUACAAGGAAGGAGACCUGACUCACCUUUAACAGAAGCUGGAGGUGUUCACUUUGCCCAGGUGCUGGGAUGAAUGCCUCGCAAGCUCACGGUACCACAGCAGGAGGAGUGAGAUCGAGAAGUUUAACAAGGAGAAUUGUUGGAAGAAGAGAGGUUUGUGUAUAAUUCCUACCAAGUUUGGAAUCAGCUUCACAGUUCCCUUUCUGAAUCAGGCUGGAGCCCUGAUACAUGUGUACACAGAUGGUUCAGUUCUUCUUACCCAUGGUGGUACAGAGAUGGGCCAAGGCCUUCACACCAAGAUGAUCCAAGUGGCAGCAAAGCUUUGAAGAUCCUCACCUCCAAGAUUUUACAUCAGUGAAACAAGCACUACUACAGUGCCAAACACUUCUCCUACAGCUGCCUCUGUCAGCACUGACAUCAAUGGACAGGCUGUCUAUGAAGCAUGUCAAACCAUCUUACAGAGGCUGGAACCUUUCAAAAAGAAAAAUCCCAAUGGUUCUUGGGAAGACUGGGUCAAUGCUGCCUACUUGGCACCAGUGAGUUUGUCCGCCACAGGAUUUUACAGAACACCCAACCUGGGUUAUAGCUUUAAACCAAUUCUGGGAAAUCCUUUCCACUACGUCUCCUAUGGUGUAGCUUGCUCUGAGGUUGAGAUAGACUGUUUAACAGGUGAUCAUAAGAACAUCUCCACAGACAUUGUUAGGGAUGUUGGCUCCAGCCUGAAUCCAGCUAUAGAUAUAGGACAGGUAAGGAUCUCAUGGAAAAACUAGGGUUGAAACAAAUUUGGGCUUGGCCUCUUUACUCUGGAGGAGCUGCAUUACUCUCCUGAAGGGAGCCUACAUACUCGUGGACCCAGUACCUACAAGAUCCCUGCCUUUGGAAACAUUCCUAUUGAGUUUAGGGUGUCUCUUCUCCGGAAUUGUCCUAAUAAAAAAGCCAUCUAUGCACUAAGGCUGUUGGAGAGGCCCCCCCUCUUCCUGGCCGCCUCCGUCUACUUUGCAGUCAAAGAUGCCAUUUCUGCAGCCCGUGUUCAGAAUGCAGAUUCUAAGAUGAAGGAGCUUUUCCAGCUAGACAGCCCUGCCACCCCAGAGAAGAUCCGCAAUGCCUGUGUGGACAAGUUCACCACUCUGUGUGUUACAAAAGUGCCAGCGAAUUGCAAGCCAUGGUCUAUGAGAGUCUGAGAAGAAAAUUCACAGAACAAUCUCCCUGUUAAGCAGAUGGUGCCUUCAAGA